AUGGUGGCAUUCUCAUCCUCAGCUGUUCAUUCAAUUUGCGACGAGCCUCCUGACCUCGAGAAGCAGCAGCUGCCUGAAGAUGCCGCUGACCGUGUUCCCAAUUCUGAUGUGGCACCGCCGCUGCUGAACGUCGUUGUUGUUACGGAACCACCGGCUCCAUUCCAUGCCGAUUCCUCGAAGGAGGUUAAGGGGCACCUCUCCAGAUACCUCAGUGCUCAAGAACAAUGCAGAGUGUGUCAGCAGGAUAAAGAUGAAGCUUUGAUUGAUUUGGGAUGCCAUUGUCGAGGUGGACUUGAAAAAGCACACAGGUCGUGUAUAGAGAUUUGGUUUCAAAGAAAAGGAUCCAACAUAUGUGAGAUUUGCGAAGGGGAAGCUACCAAUGUAGAGGUUGUGCGCUCUCCAGGAGUCCCCCUUGGAAGACUAAUCUGCGAAAUAGGUGUCGUUUGCCUUAUACUCGGUACUUAUAUAUUCAUCUUCGUCUCCUUUGGGUCUUGGCUUUGA